AUGACCAGCUGUUCGGCGGCCGUCGCGAUCCAUCGUUCAGUAAAAUGGGACUUCCAUGCUGCUGCUGCUAUUAUGCUGCUUAUAAACUUCUUGCAAGCCGCUCUGUGCGGUGGCACGGGACCGGGCGACAGAAUCUAUUGGCUCGGGAACAAGAGCAGGCCGUCUGCAGACGAGCAAAAGAUCUACGCAGAUCCCAGCCUUGUGGUGGAUCCCGCUAUGUGCUUCGAAACCGAAAGUGUCUUGUUGCAGAUCAGAUUAUUUUCCGAACGAGCCGGACCGUGCAUGCACCUGGCAGAGGUCACGACGCUGACAAACGGCACCAUCAAUAUGCGGGUCCUGGAGUACAUCCAGGCGGACAGCCCUGGCCUGCAGCUGUUCAGCCUCAAUGGGGUGAGCGUAGCCCAACACGGGCCGGCCUGUUUGGGCCUUCUGGUGGUAUCGCGGAUGUCGAACGGCUGUGGCAUUGCAUACCGAGAUCUUGGACCUCAGGAGGGCCACGAAGUGACAGCGUAUGCGUGGAACUCUGAAGAAGUUCCACGCGCAGGCUACAGGCUUCUCCCGGAGUGGCCGUCUGUGCGUAACCGGCGGCAGUUCUUGGUUGCGGUGAAGGUCCUGCCCAUGCUUGAAAGCAUCCUCCAAAGCUCCGCUCAUUUCAUGGCGCAGCCAGAAUGGGCGGCGCUGCAACGGGUGCUGGAAUCCGGGGACGACUGGCUCAGUCCUGAUGUCGACUCACACUUGGAUGCAGUGGCAAUGCUGCUGGAAAGCUCGGCUGCGCAGCCCGCCGUCAUCGUGGAGCUUGGGAAGUUUGCGGCCGCUGCAGUGGCCUUCACUAACCCAGGCUCAGCCAAAGAGGAUGCCUGGACGCGUGACUACUAUGCGAUGACUACUUUCUAUCUGCUUGAAGCCAUGCGCAAAUGGGAAAAUCCGGAUGAACAUGACGGAGUCGUGCACCUGCUCGUGUCACAAGUUCAAGAGGUGUGGGGGUCAGAUUUUGCCCUGGCUGAACAUCGCGGCUGGAUAACUGGCUUCGGCUUCUGGGAUGCUGCAGCCAUCUUGCUUCGAGGCUAUUGGCCUGCAGGCACCAGGCCCCGUUCCCGCGAUGCUGGCUCAGAACUUCUCGCUCACAUGCGGGCUGCGGGCACGUGGCUGGUGGAGAACGACCACGAGGAGUUCGAAGCCUUGCUUUCGCCGCCGCCGCCGCGUCCUGCCAUCUCCUGGUGGGCACAGCCCCAGGUGUUUGAUCCAAUAACAUUGCGGCACCAAGUGCUUCCAAGGAAGACUCUGCGCAUCGCCAUCGUAGAGGAGCACCGUAUCGACUACCAGGAGCUUCGAGCUCUAUUGAUGCGCGUGUCGAAAGAGUUGUUUGACGCUGCUCUGACGACCGACAGCUACUUUCUUCAAGAACGAGAUCCGCUUGGUAACGAAGUGCGGCCUGAAGAGUGGGACGCAAUGGGGCGACCUGCUGAGCAGAGCGGCAACAUCUCGCAUCUCUACCUCCUCCACGGCAUAGAGGCCGGCUUCGAGGAGGUGUGGAGCUGGACAGACAGCCCUAAAUGGUCUCAGACAGACCUGGUGGCUGGCUGCUCUCCCAUCUGGGCCUGCGUGGCCUUGAAUCAGGCGCUUGAAGGCAUGCCCAUCAUCGUUCGACAGAACAUGGCACUGUUGCAGUUCGUCGAAGAUUUGGAUAACCUGCCUGUCUUCUGGAGCCUUCUUCGUGGCUUUCUCUUGUCGCCACAGGUGAGCCUGGCAUGGAAACACCGGCUGGGAUGCGAGCAAGUCUUCUAUCAGAUUGGCGCCCGCCCCGCCUAUGUCCCGUUGAUCAGCUUGCACACAGACGGCUUCAAAUACCGGCCGACGAAGCCAGAUGUACUGGUUCACAGGUGCAGCCACCGAGGCUUCUCGCAGCUCAUUCACUUCUUGAAGGCUGUUGCGGAAGGUGUUCCAGAUGUGAAGCUGGAGUUUCUGACAGACUUGCAGAAAGUGCACAAGAAGUUUCUGACCUGGAAAGAGUUUACCGAGUAUCAUGCACUUGUCCUCAUCCCGCACGUUCCCAACACCAUCAGCUUUGCGGAUGCGUACGCAAUGCACAUUCCCAUCUUCCUCCCCGACGAGCCUGAGAUAUGGGGUUGGACAUGGUCGCAGUCUGAUCCGUACGCUGGCCCCGGCUUUCCUCAAAAACAGCAGCAAGCCCCUUGGACUCUAGCUGACGACGCACCGGACUGGUGGAAAGCUGCAGGUGGCGACAAACAGCAUCCUUUCGGUGCCUUCGAGCAUCUGACGACCGAGUUCUCCAUACAGUACUUCAUCGACCGGGCAUACUGGUUCCAAUACACCGAGUACCACCUAUUGCCCUUCACCCGACGUUUCAGGGGCAUCGCGAACUUGCUUGCACAGCUGCAGGAUUACACACCAGAGAAAGCGAUGGCAGACAGUCGCAACAUCGCAGCGGAGCAGGUGAAGAGGGAGAUCUUGACUAUAUCCUGGAUGUCUACGACCAUCGCACACGGCUUAGCAAAAAAGUAUGAAGAAAGCUACUGGGCAUCGUGGCAAGACAGAAUGGCAUAG